ACCAAAACGUAGCGUAACUCUAAAAUUACAUAAUUUAAUUGUUCGUGAACGAUAAGGGCGAACAUGCGAGUAUCGGCGGUCGUUGGCUUGGCAGCACUUCUUAGCGGCAGCAUUUCGCAACAUCUUUGAAGUUUUGAAUCGGUGAGCAGUAGCAGCAGGAUUUGAGCGGACUGACGGUUAUUUUUCAAGUCUGUGCAGAAACGAGAUGCUGUCUAGUCUGGCCCUCGCCCUGUGUGCAAAUCAGUGAAUCCGCGGAAAAAUUGUUCAUUCGCGCGCGCGAUGAGCAUGUCAAGGCAACAGUAAACAAGAUUGAACAGUAUACAGUGUCUAAUAAUACGUAAACAAGUAUUUUAGUUGCAGGAAUUUGACAAGGUUUCAUAUCAAUAAAAAGUAGAGCUCGCGAACAUGUCGGUCAACAAAAGAAGAUGGGCAGGAGAACUCACAGAAUCGUUGUUGGAAUUUCAGAGUCGCGAAAGCAGCAAAAUGGCAGAAUCUUUAGAUAGUGGAAAAAAUGUGUCUCAUGAAGAAAAUAUAUCAUCUAUGUUGGAGAAAUUGCAGAUUCAAAACCAGACUAAAUCCAGUUCAGAACACUCUGCAUGCACCCACAGUCAAAGCAAUGAUAGCAAUUUGUUUGACAAGAACAACUCUACAAAUAGUGCUUCUAAUUUGAGUUUUGUCAAUGAUUUAUCCGUUAAAGAUUUGAUAAAUUUUAGCGCAUCGAUUCAUAUUCAGGAUGAUGCUGUCAAUGGAAGUCCAUUGCUUGCUUCUAAUGGAUUACUCAUGUCUAAUGUAAAUGAUGAAGUGCCUGAAAAUAAUACAUUUGGAAGUGACACUAUCAAACCUUCAUCUCAAAACUCAAGUGCUCAUAAUACAAUAGACUUGAGGUCUACCAUGAGUCACCCACUUAUUUCAAAUGGCAACGUGAUGGAUCUUAUAACUAUCAACUUAGAUGAUGGUUCUUUAAAAAAUAUUACAGAUUCCAGUUUACAUAGUGUAACUGAAAUUAAUCCUCCUAAAAAUAAAUCCAUAUCUCAAAAUACUGGAGCUAUUGCAGAUGAUAUCAUCAACAGAUACUUUUCUUCUGCUAUGAAUGAAACUAAAACAGGUCAAGAAUUAAUAGCAGAAAUGGAUAAACCUGAAGUUUGGGAUGCACUCAUAGCUUUAGAUCAAGCUUUAUCACCAACAAAUGAAUAUCCUCUAACUCCAGAAGAAGAAACUAAUUAUCCAUCAAAUGUUUUGACUCGCCUCUCACAGAAAUUUAAAAAAACCCCUGCUCGAUUUACAGAAAAACUUGUCUCCUUGCUGGAAGAUUCUAUUUUAUCACUAGAGUCUCCAAAGUCUAAACCUAAUUCUGCUAAUUCUUCAGGAAUUAGUUUGAACAGAAUGACCGGUGAAUUUCGUAAAUUAUGCAAAUAUAUUGAUGAUGGAAAAAAGAUGAUUGCAGAUGAAUCGAUGCCUGAAUGGGCACCAACUUUUAAUAUGACAGUAUUUGAUAAAACAGAAAUUCAAGAAGAAAUACCUUUAAACAUAGAGGUACCAAAAAAUCCUGCGAUAAAAAGAAUCCUUGAAGAAUAUACCACACCUAAAAGUCAAAAAAAUUCUAGGAAUAAUUCACCUAUCAAUAGGUUUACUCCGAGUGCAGAUAAAUCUUUUGAGUAUUGGGAAACAGUGUGUAAUUUAAUGUGCGAAAGUCAAAAAAGUGCAGAGAAAAAACAAAAAAUUUUUAAAAUACCUGAAUCCAAAGCCCAAGCUAAAAAAGCUAUGGAAGAAAUGUUGAUUGAAAGUGAGAAACAGUUGGCUAUGCUUGAUGAAAGUAUAGUUGACGUAAGAUGUUCAGAGCCUUGUAUAAGAUUAAACAAUGAAGUAAAAUUACAAAUCAUGAAUACUCCUAGAUCAAAGUCAGUAUCACAAUUACCUGAUAAUUUCAAUGAUAAAAUUGAAAAUCCUAAUUCUUCCAAUAGUGAUCAUAUAAUGGAGCAUCAUGAGUCGAUAAAAAGCAAUUCAGAUAAUUUGAAAGAAAAUGAAAUAAGAAAAAUUAUAUCAUAUUUAAAUGAUGACGAACAAGAAAAUUCUAAUAUUGUUGAAAGAAAGAACUCUACGAUUUGUCUGAAUGAAACCAUUGAAGAUAAAAGCCCUCUAACUAAACUUCAAAAAGAUAAAAUUGAGUCAACAUUAAGUUCAGAAAAAAGUUUCAAAAAUGUGUCUAUUGAAAAAAUAGAAAAAAAUAAAAUUAAUGAUGAUUUGGUUUUAGAUGAUACUGUCAUUAUACCAACCACAGAAGAAUCUCAAAUGGAUGACGAUGAUGAUGAGGAUUAUGAACUUCCUAAGAAGAGGAGAGAAAUAAAUCUUUAUGGUAAACGUAUUUUGGAAAACAGUUUUGAACUUAGUCGCAAUAGAGAUUUGAAUCUUCAAGAGUCAUUUGAAAGGGAUUUUGGUAGAAUCGCCGAUACUCCGAAGAAUGUACAAGAAUCAAUCGAAAAAGAUUUUCGUGAAAUUGUCGAUAGUCCUCAGAAUGUACAAGAAACGUUUGAAAAAGAUUUUCGCAAGGACGUCGACAGUCCUCGAGAUAUAUCAAACGACUAUUGUUCCAGUGACAAUGACGCUGACGACAGUGACACUGAUCAAGAUUGUUCUCUUUUGAUGGAGAUCGCACAGCGUCGUCAACGCUGUUUAGAUACGGCCAAGCUCAUGAUGGAUAUCGAUCGCGAAGAUCCAACAAGUAGCGGUGACGAUACCAAGUGCCUGGAAACUUUAUAUAAAUUCGGUAUUCAGGAUAAAACGUUUGCCGAUGUCGAGGGAGAUGCCAAAUUCCUACACACCAUCAGUCAGUGCGUGGAUUAUAAAAAUUAUUUACGCGAUAAAAGUAAGCCCAUUAUAAGUAUUUUGCAAACAUCGAUAGAAUCUCCGGAAAUUAUAAAAAAUAAGGCAACGUCGUUCAUGAGAACUAAUCAGUCAAAAUUGGAUUCGACGGUUAAAAAUAAGCCACCGAUAUCGGCUAGCAAAAAAGUUACAGAGUCGAAACCCACUCCAAGACCUGCAGCGAUUUCGAGAGUGACGCCUAGAAUUCCACCCACGUCGGCCAACACAACGAAUCUGAAAUCUACUCAGAAGCAAGUUUCGAAAAGUAUCUCCAAAGUUGAGACGAGACCUGGCCUAUCUUUGACGACCGGUUACAAGACAACGCCCAGACCAGCUGCCAGUGUCACACGUUUGGCAACACCAAGACCCGCUUCGAAAGUCAACCACAUUCCGACUCCACGACCAGCUCCAAAAGUUACGAGAACGGCCACGCCGAGACCAACUCCGAAAAUCACGGUUCCUUUAACACCGAGGCUAGGUUCAAGAGUUACAAAAACGGCAACGCCGAAGCCGACCCCGAAACUUUCGCAAAUAGCUACACCGAAGCCAGCUCCGAAACUUUCGCGAACAACGACGACGCCGAUGCGUACUCCGAGGCCAGCUCCGAAACUCUCGCAAACAGCGACUCCGAGGCCGGCUAUGAAACUCUCGCAAACAGCGACUCCGAGGCCGGCUUCGAUACUUCCGCGAACAGCGACGCCAAUGCGAACUCCCAGAUCGGUAGCUGCUACAGCGACGCCGAGAGCAAAAACGACGACGUCGAGAUCGACUUUGAAUGCCGGCAAUAAAAAAGCUCCUAUUACGCCGGCUCCGAAAGUUCCGAUCGGCAAAGUAGCGCCACGUAGCAGACAAGCUACGCCGAGCGUACUCAAAAAAUCAUCGAGUUCGCUUUAUUCUGCGUCAGAGGCCAGUAUUGGAAGUAAAAAUUCAUCUACUCGUUCAAUCAACGAUCUUCAAAUGGAUAAAUCGACCUCCAUUAAUAAACCAACAUCGAGCUUACUCAAGAAAUCGUCAUCGAGUCUGCUUUAUUCUGCGUCAGAAGUCAGCAUCGGAAGCAAAAAUUCAUCUACUCGUUCAGUUAACGAUCUUCCAAUGGACAAAUCGACCUCCAUUAAUAAACCAAUGCGGAGCGUUUCUCAAACGGAUGAAUCGACUCUGAAAUCGAGCAAGUCGACGUCGUACUUCACACCCCCUCAAACGCCACCUCUAUUAGAAAAAAGCGAUUCGUUCUCGUCGUCCAAACCGUUGAUACUAUUCGAUGACAACGUUACGUUGAGUCCGGCAAAAUCUUCAUUAGAUGAGUCGCUGAAAGUAGAUACUGAAGAAUACUUAGUAGCAGCUACGAAUUCGUCUCCCAGCGAUUCUCCUGAACUUACCAAAAAGCUCCACAGCAGAUUAUUAUUAACUCCAGAUGCAACGUCGAAAGGGCCCAAACUUCUCUUUACACCGGGUAAAAGUCCAAGGCCCAUGGCAAUUGUAAGAAAAAAGCCAAACUCGUAUUUCGCCGAGCUUACACCCAGGAAAAAUAAUUUGGAAUUCGAUUCCAAUAACGUCAAAUCACCGAUAGGAUUGUACAUGAUCAGUACUGAUGCCGAAUUAGUACAAAAUGUUCGCGGGGUAACUAAUGAUAGAUUAUUAACCCCCGUCAAGGGCUCUGGAUCCGAUGAAAAUAACGAACUCAAGUUUAGAUUGAGUUCAAAAGAAAACAAGUCUCCAAUGCUGAGUACUGAUGGAAAUUUUGUUUUACCUACUGUGAGGUAUCAAUCUGCCAAGAAAGUUCAUAUGAUUGCUGAUAAAAAUCAUUCGCCUCUUGUAACUAGUUCUAAGACGAAAAAGUUAUUAGCACCUAUUGAAAAUACCGUCGUUAUACGACACGAAGGUCGUGUAAUAGAUUACGAUAAUUCACAAGUGGAUUCGCCUGAUGCUGAAAUGUCAGUGCGAGUCCAAAAAGUCGCAGAAAAAACGUCGGCAAAAAAAAGGUUUCUAUAAGCUAGAUUCAUAAGUAAAUUUGUACAUUUUGGUACGUGUUAAGUAUGUGUUUUUUAUUAAUAGAAAAACUUAAAUGUUAAUAGGCUAUAUUAUUUUAAUUUUUAAAUUUAAGAAUCGCUUUAGUCAAGUAGUUUAAAGUAUGUGUACUGUGUCAUCGUGUAAGAUUUCUGCAGUAUUAAGCUCAUGAUCAACGAAUUGUUUUUAUUAAUUCACAGUAUAUUUUUGUGUAUUCGGAGAAAUUUUUAUAAAUUUUUAAU